AUACCAUCAAACCUAUCUCAUUAGGUUAGACACAAGAUGACCAGUACCUGUAAAAAAGAAAACCCGCAACAUACCGAGGAAUUUUGGCUAAGAGAUACGUAUCUCCCCUCACCUCACGUGUCACCGGCCAUAGGAAUAAGUGUUGUAUAAAUGGAAAAUGCAAAAGAAAAGAGAACCCUUAAACCCUACUACUGUCUUCUCUUAUUUCUUCCGAUACAAUAGAAUAGAAUAGAAUAGAAUAGCAGGCAAAGCAUGGCCAUGGCUUUUGCGACCUUCAAUCUAUCUCCUUCUCUAAGAUUUGUUAGCAACAACAAAGGCUUUUUCGAUUCUCAAUUAUCCAACUCUUUUUUAUCAUCCCAUUUGUUCCUUGGGACUUCUUUUUCGGUGCCAACUCUCAGUUUCUCCACCAUUCUUCAAACCUCGUGUCGCCCCCACAUCAACGCCUCACCAUGCUCCUCUACUUCCUUCAGAUGCUUUGCCCAGAAAUCACCGGUUGAUGGCCUCGGCAGUAACGGCGCUUCCGAGAGUCUGGUUGUGCUAGUUAUUGGUGGAGGAGGAAGAGAACAUGCACUUUGCUAUGCAUUGCAGCGCUCUCCUUCUUGUGAUGCCGUCUUCUGUGCACCAGGCAAUGCUGGUAUUUCCAGCUCUGGGAAUGCAACUUGUAUUCCUGAGCUUGACAUUUCCGAUAGCUCAGCUGUAAUUUCUUUCUGCCGCAAAUGGGGUGUUGGGUUAGUUGUUGUAGGACCAGAGGCUCCCCUUGUUUCAGGUCUUGCCAAUGAUUUGGUAAAGGUCGGAAUUCCAACUUUCGGCCCUUCAGCUGAGGCUGCUGCUUUGGAAGGUUCUAAGAACUUCAUGAAAAGCAUAUGUGACAAAUAUGGAAUUCCUACUGCUAAGUAUCAAACAUUUUCAGAUGCAUCAGCUGCAAAGCAAUAUAUUAAAGAACAAGGAGCACCUAUCGUUAUCAAAGCAGAUGGCCUGGCUGCUGGAAAAGGAGUUAUUGUUGCCAUGACACUAGAAGAGGCAUAUGAGGCUGUUGAUUCGAUGCUUGUUGAGGGUAUUUUUGGUUCUGCUGGUUGCCGUGUCAUUGUUGAGGAAUUUCUUGAAGGAGAAGAAGCAUCAUUCUUUGCCUUGGUGGAUGGAGAGAAUGCCAUACCACUGGAAUCUGCUCAGGACCAUAAACGGGUCGGAGAUGGUGAUACAGGUCCUAAUACUGGUGGGAUGGGAGCAUAUUCUCCUGCACCAGUCUUAACCGAAGAACUUCAAUCUUUGGUCAUGGAAUCCAUUAUUCUCCCAACAGUGAAGGGUAUGUCAGCAGAGGGAUGCAAAUUUGUUGGUGUCUUAUAUGCUGGACUAAUGAUCGAGAAGAAGUCUGGCUUACCUAAACUAAUUGAGUACAACGUCCGCUUUGGAGAUCCAGAGUGUCAGGUUCUGAUGAUUCGUUUGGAAUCUGAUCUUGCGAAAGUUCUGCUAGCAGCUUGUAGAGGAGAGCUGAAAGGGGUGUCACUAAACUGGUCCCCUGGGUCUGCCAUGGUGGUAGUAAUGGCAAGCCAAGGUUACCCUGGCUCCUAUGAGAAAGGGACUGUGAUUCAGAGCCUCGAAGAAGCUGAAAAUGUGGCUCCUUGUGUGAAGAUAUUCCAUGCUGGAACUGCACUUGAUUUGGAUGGAAAUUUCGUUGCCACAGGAGGCCGUGUUCUUGGGGUUACUGCUAAGGGCAGAGAUCUUAAAGAAGCACGGGAUAGAGCAUAUGAUGCAGUUGAAGAAAUCAAGUGGCCUGGAGGAUUCUACCGGUGGGAUAUCGGAUGGAGAGCACUUCCUCAGAAUGAAUUUGCUAGAAAUGCCUAGUUAUUUCACAUUAUAAUACUCUGGGCUACUUGACAUCUUAUAAUGUUGGAUGCUUUAUAACUGGCUCUUACACUAACUGAAAAUUGAAGUCACCCAUGAAACAGAGGUAAAAGAAACUUACUUGUCUGACUCA